UGGCUGCCGACACCACCUUCCCAAACCCGAACCAAACCUUCACGCGCAGGCUUGGAGCCAGGUAAGGCAUUAGCCUCGGUUACCAGAAACCAUUUGUCGAUUGUGGUUCUUCCUCGCUCUUCUUCCCCACACAGAUUAUAUUUGCCAGUUGCCAUUCUCAUCCCCAAAAGACUUUUUUUGUUAAACAAAAUAAAAAAUAAAAAAUUUAAUUAUCUUUCGUGUCAGUUGUCAGUAUGUACGAUUCUACACACACAGAACACGCACUGGACGCCUCACUGGGGACUCCAUGAACAUGAAAUAUGUGAAAUCAGUAUAAAAUCUCAAGAGCUAUUCCAGUAAAUUCUUGAAAAGAAGAAAGAAAAAGACCCCCAAAAAAAAAAAUGCAGCAUCCGAAAUCCGAAUCCGACAUUGCCAGCCUGGCCGCCUCGUCACCCUCGAGGUCCCCUAAACGGGCCAUGUACUAUGUUCAGAGCCCGUCUCGCGACUCUCAUGAUGGCGACAAGUCAUCAAUGCACGCCACCCCAAACUUUGCUAGCCCAGUAGAGUCCCCCUAUCAUCCCUCGUCUGGCCGCCACUCGAGGAACUCCUCCGGCAGCCGCUUCUCCGGCAUCUUUCGCUCGUCUUCCGGCAGGAAAGUGGCCGGAAAGAGGAAUGACAAGGGCUGGCCGGAGUGUAAUGUGAUCGUGGAAGAGGGUCAAUAUGACGAGUUUGCUGAUGAGAAGGCGUACACUAGACGGUGCCAGGCUUUAAUGGCGAUUUGCGGCUUUUUCGUGCUUUUCACGGUGUUUUGUUUGAUUAUAUGGGGUGCCGGGAGGCCCUUUAAACCCGAAGUUGCUGUUAGGAUUGGCUUAAUCUCAGAGCUUUUCCUUCAAGCUCAGCAGUGUUUAACUUUCUCCCUGCAGAGUUUGACUGUCAACAAUAUGUACAUUGGUUCGGGUUCAGACUUCAGUGGGGUCCAGACAAGAAUGCUUACCGUGAACAGUUCUCUGAAGAUUAGUGUGUACAAUCCAGCCACAUUCUACGGGAUUCAUGUGAGCGCGACACCUGUCAAUCUCGUCUAUUCGGAUGUAGUUGUUGCAACCGGACAGCUAAGAAAAUACUAUCAACACCGAAAAAGUCAAAAAAUCAUGUUGGUGCACAUAGAAGGAGCAAAGGUCCCUUUGUACGGUGCCGGAGAAAGUCUAGUCACCACAAACAAUGCUGUUAAGGUUCCAUUGACAUUGGAGUUUCAAAUCACAUCAAGAGGAGAUGUUGUCGGUAAGCUCGUUAGGACAAAGCAUCGCAAAAGAGUUUCAUGCCCGUUAGUAAUGGACUCGGGUAGCAACAAGCCCAUCAAAUUCAACAAGGGUUCUUGCACAUAUAGCUGAAUUAAAAUUGGUGUUUGAAAAAAAAAUUGGCUGUAAGUUAAAAGGUGGGAGCUUUUGGGAAGAUGUAAUAAAUUUGGGAAUUGUAAAGAAUGUGAAGAUUCUACCUAUUCUACCCACUAUUAUCAUUUUGUGCUUUUCUUCAUUUUGUGCUUUUCUUCAUUUUGCCCUUUUCUGGAGAGGUUAUUGUUGUGUGGAAUUUAAGCUAAUGAUGUUUGAAUCCUUGAUCUUUAUAGGGAUUUUGUAAUUUUUUUAUUUUUUUUUUAU